AACAACUCCGAGAGGGGCGAGAGUUAAAAAAAAAUUAUCCAAGGCUCCCGGCCGCCAUAUUGCGGCGCUGUCAGCCGAGGCGGCGGCUCUUUGCCGCUCUUUGCGCGGGAGGCAAGUCAGCCGGGGAGCCCGGGGAGGAGAGUGACGCUCGGAGCGGCCCCGUAGCGCCUCCUGGCCGGCUCGGGGGCCAUAACCUCGCCCAAGGCCGCCGGGGGACGAACAGGCCGACGAAGAGAAGUCGUAGCCCCUUCCAGAAGAAAACAAGAAUUGGUCCAGUUGAUGUUUUAACUGAACAAGAAACACGGAAAAGGGGGCAAAAUGCCGAAACCAAUUAAUGUAAGAGUUACUACAAUGGAUGCAGAACUGGAAUUUGCCAUCCAGCCUAACACCACAGGAAAACAACUUUUUGAUCAGGUUGUAAAAACAGUUGGCUUGCGGGAAGUCUGGUUUUUUGGACUUCAGUAUGUGGACAGCAAAGGAUAUACAACUUGGUUGAAAUUAAAUAAAAAGGUAACACAGCAAGAUGUAAGGAAAGAAAAUCCACUUCAAUUCAAAUUCAGGGCCAAGUUUUUUCCUGAGGAUGUAUCUGAAGAAUUAAUACAAGAAAUAACCCAGAGACUUUUUUUCCUGCAAGUCAAAGAGGCCAUUUUAAAUGAUGAAAUUUAUUGUCCGCCUGAAACUGCUGUUCUUCUAGCUUCUUAUGCUGUUCAAGCCAAGUAUGGUGAUUAUAAUAAGGAAAUACAUAAGCUAGGAUAUUUGGCAAAUGACAGACUACUUCCCCAACGUGUAUUGGAACAACAUAAAUUGACAAAGGAACAGUGGGAAGAGAGGAUACAGAAUUGGCAUGAAGAACACAGGGGAAUGUUGAGGGAAGAUUCUAUGAUGGAGUAUCUGAAAAUUGCCCAAGAUUUGGAAAUGUAUGGUGUCAACUAUUUUGAAAUUAAGAACAAAAAGGGAACUGAGUUAUGGCUUGGUGUUGAUGCAUUGGGUUUGAAUAUUUAUGAACAUGGGGACAAGUUGACCCCCAAGAUCGGCUUUCCUUGGAGUGAAAUCAGAAAUAUUUCGUUUAAUGACAAAAAAUUUGUGAUAAAGCCUAUUGACAAAAAGGCCCCUGAUUUUGUAUUUUAUGCACCACGUCUGAGAAUUAAUAAGAGGAUAUUGGCAUUAUGUAUGGGAAACCAUGAGCUGUACAUGAGAAGGAGAAAGCCAGAUACAAUUGAAGUUCAACAGAUGAAGGCCCAAGCCAGAGAAGAAAAACACCAAAAACAGUUGGAGAGAGCACAACUAGAAAAUGAGAAAAAGAAAAGAGAAAUAGCAGAGAAAGAAAAGGAAAGAAUAGAACGUGAAAAGGAUGAGUUGUUGGAACGACUAAGACAAAUUGAAGAACAAACAAUGAAGGCACAAAAAGAACUAGAAGAACAGACAAGAAGGGCUCUUGAGCUGGACCAAGAACGAAAGAAAGCAAAAGAGGAAGCAGAGCGCCUGGAGAAAGAUCGUAGAGCUGCAGAAGAAGCAAAAGCUGCUCUGGCAAAACAGGCUGCUGAUCAGAUGAAAAAUCAGGAGCAGCUAGCUGCAGAACUUGCUGAAUUUACUGCUAAGAUUGCACUUUUGGAGGAGGCCAAGAAAAAGAAGGAAGAAGAAGCUUCAGAAUGGCAACACAAAGCUUUUGCAGCCCAAGAAGAUCUAGAAAAGACCAAAGAAGAACUGAAGACUGUGAUGUCGGCUCCUCCCCCUCCUCCCCCUCCCCCUCCUCCCCCUCCUCCACCAGUUCUUCCUCAAACAGAGAAUGAACAUGAUGAACAGGAUGAGAAUCAUGCUGAAGCUAGUGCUGAAUUAGCGUCUGAUGAUGCCGUGAAUCACAGAAAUGAGGAAGAGCGUGUAACGGAAACACAGAAGAAUGAACGUGUUAAGAAACAGCUCCAGGCCUUGAGUUCUGAGUUGGCCCAAGCCAGAGAUGAAACCAAGAAAACCCAGAAUGAUGUCCUUCAUGCGGAGAAUGUCAAAGCAGGCCGUGAUAAAUACAAGACUCUUCGACAGAUCCGACAAGGAAAUACAAAGCAACGCAUUGAUGAAUUUGAAGCAAUGUGAGAGCUGUUCCUUUGCAUAUAUGUUCUUCAUUAAGCUUGAACCACCAGCAGAGAAACACAGGCCUUUCCACAUGUGAAAGAAACACACCCUACCUUGCCAAAGCACUUAGACCCAUUUGUGGUUAAAACACAUUUCAUGAAAGUUUUUCAACAAUAAGGCAGUUUGUCCUCUAUGACUUUUUGGGUGGUGGUGGUAGUUUCUAUAUUCUCAUUUCACAUAUUCUUAUUGUUUGUUCUCUGAAAGAUUAAUAUGGUCUCAUGCUGUCAAAGCUGUUAACCUAAGCCUUGACCAUUUGAAAGAACACUAGAUUUUACUUUAUAAAACUGGCCAUAAUUUUGGCAUGGGUGCACUUUGUAAUGUUCUUUUCAGUUUAGUGAAUUUGCAAGGAUUUUGGUAAUGCAGAUUUAUCAUAGAUAUUGUGGCCCUCCCCCCCUCCCACAGAAAGGUGGAAUUAUCUGGUGUUUCAUGUCCUGUCAUCAUUGAUGGUUUUCUUUGCCUACCUGUUCACAAAGGUCUAGAUGGCAGGCAGCUGUUCCUGUAAAAAUAGUGGAACAUCACCUGUAAGCACUUAUGUAUAGUCCUCUUUUACCAAAGUUUUUCAUAUUUCAAGUAGGAAUAGGAAAAGAAGUGAAGUUCUUUCAGUUCUCCUCCCCUUGCAUUCGUUUAGUAUGAAUUGCAGUGUGGGAAACCUGGACCUUUCUGGCAAGGGAGCAUAUGAAAACAUCAGUCCCAAAAAGGGGACAGUAUCCUACCUCACUACUAUUUACAUGAUGACUGGUCCUUCAAACACCAUAUUGAAAUGAUAACUGUGUUAAGCUGGGUUCUCCAUAGCUAAAAGCCACACACAUCUAGGAGCCUUUACUUUUUAAUAUUUUGUUCUAUUAUGUAUAGAUUUAUAGCAUUCAAAGAAUAUACAGCUGCCUUUUUGUCAUGUGAAACUCUGCAUCUUGAAUUUUACCUUUAAAAAAUGUAACCUGUCACUAUAUCCUGUCCAAUGGGAGGGCACGUAUCCUAUCCAAUGUAUGGGCAUGUUUCCUGAAUUCCUCUGUACUAUAUCACUGUGAGGCUCAUUUUUUGAUGAAGGCUGUGCAUAAAACAACAUCUAACAAUGCACUCUAAGCCCCAUUCAACAUGCUCUUCUUGUUCUUUCCUGAAAAUUGAAGCAGUAAGAAAGGAAACAAUGUCAAUUUGCCCUGCAAUCCAGGGAAUAUAAUAAGGGGAGUUGUGGCAGAACAAGGAGCAGAUGAGUUGAACAACCAUUAGGUGGAAGCAAACAUGCAUCCAGUGAAUAUUGAGUGUGUGCCUAGAAUUCAUGUUCAAUCACUCUUAUCUACCUGGAAUGACUAAUCAAAAUUGGGCACCAUGAGGAUCAUGUUGAUAGAAAUGAAACUGAAAUGUAUGCCGUGUUUCUAGGUAUUUAAUUAGAAGUUGGGAGAAAGAAGCUCUGCUUUCUCUGAGGAUGGUUCAGCUAUCUUUUGUUAGGUAUUCUGCAUUCAAAAUUCACACUUACCUAUAACAAUUGCCAUUUUAUUACAUUUCCAUGCACAAGUUCCUUAUGAACCUUUGUGUUUAAGAGAGAUCCUUUAAGGGAGCACCUUAUGAAAGAAACACAUACACUGCUAUAUUAUUUUUGGAUAAGGGUAGCUGGCUAACCUUGUAUAGAGGUGUGUGCAAAUGUUGCGCACGUGCCCAAACACACACUUUGAUUGCCCUGGGCAUUUCUGCUUCCUGUUGCAGAAAAUGGGGCAAACAUCUUGCAUUUUUUUCAUGCAGUGAAUUACAAAAACCUGUAUAUCUGAAGUGUUCAAAACCUUUGCCAUAGCAGGUGGAAUGCAGUGCAUGGGUUUUCCCUGAAAUAUAUGCAUGGGCAUUGACAUGCUAGCCUGCGAGUGUGAGGAGUGGGGGAAUACCAAUCAGGUUUGCUGUUCAUUAUCUAUGAUGUAUAGCUUAGUACUUAAAUAGAUCUAAUUGAUUUAUAAAAACUGUGUGAAUUUUUCUAAGCAAUCUGGAAUUAAUCUAUAUUGCGAGGUUUUUCAUCAUGAACAAAAUGAUGCUGUUGAUACUGGUCAUCAGCUCCUGGGGAAACACCGCCACAUGCUUCCCCUCUUCUUCCCCCUCCCGUCCUUAGCAUCAUGUUUUUGUGUUGUAAAAUUAAGCUACAGUAAAUAACACCUAUUAUUUUGGAUAACAUUCAUUGGCUAACAAUAAAGAGAAUACAGUCA